AGGAGGGAGAAGCAGCAGUGGCAGCGCUGCAUCAUCGCUGUGCUGCCACUACAGCGCAGAGAGGAGGCAGAACACGGAGCCUCCGUCAUGUGCCUCGCCGCCUCGCCGGAGGAUCCUGAAAACAUCCAUCAUUUUUCCUCCUGCAGGACUCCUUCUGCUCAGGUUCUUCCAUGGACGGACGAGGCGGCUACUUUCUCACUCGGUGCUCUUUUUAUUCAGACUGCCCUCGUGUUGGUCUGCUGAGGCAGCUUGUACAUGUGUUCAUGCUGGAGCUGCUGGAAGUGUUGGCAUUGCUUUUCCCUCCCUUUCCCUUUGCCGGCACUCAUAGAGCGGAAGUGUAUGCCUGGCUUUUUUGGUGGCUGCAUCUGCACUUUGGAGCGGAGCGCUCACCUCAGGAGUCGUAGUCUGGGGGGGGUGCACUUCAGCAUCAAACUGGCUUCAUCUCUGUUUGGAUUUUUUUUUAGGUCGCUCUCAUGAACAUAUUUCACAGCCUGCAUUGUGCAUUAUUCACUGGAUCACUGCUGAUGUUGCGAUCCUCUCACUGAUUUAAGAAGAAAAGGAGCAGAUGACGGGACAAGCAGCUUGAGCUCUGGAUGUCAGAAUGAUGGCUGCGUUGAGCUGAAGCCACGACCUCCUCCCUCCAAACAUGAACUCGUCCUCCGAUGUGAACCAAAGUGGCUCUUCCCAGUUCUGCCUGCUGGGAGCUGUGGGGUAUUCACAGAGCCUGGACACCUGUGUGCUGGAGGUGAUCGUCAUCAUCUUCCUCACGGUGCUCAUCAUCACCGGAAACCUUGUGGUGGUCUUUGUCUUCCACUGUGCCCCGCUGCUGCACCACCACACCACGGGCCACUUCAUCCAGACCAUGGCCUACGCCGACCUGCUGGUGGGCGUCAGCUGCCUGGUGCCCUCGCUGUCUCUCCUCCACUACCUCCGGAGCCUGAAUGAGGAGCUCACCUGUAAGGCCUUUGGCUACAUGGUCUCCGUGCUGAAGAGCGUCUCCAUGGCGUCGCUGGCGUGCAUCAGUGUGGACCGCUACAUCGCCAUCACCCGCCCGCUGUCGUACGCCACGCUGGUGACGCCGUGCCGGCUGAGGGUCUGCAUUGUGCUCAUCUGGCUCUACUCUGCCUUGGUUUUCCUGCCGUCGUUCUUUGGCUGGGGAAAGCCCGGUUACCACGGGGACGUGUUUCAGUGGUGCGCCGACUCCUGGAAGACCAACCCAGGCUUCAGCACCUUCAUCGUGGCGCUGCUCUAUGCGCCGGCAGCGCUCACGGUGUGCUUCACCUACGGGAGCAUAUUUAAGAUCUGCCGGCAGCACACGCGGGAGAUCAGCCAGCGCCACGCCCGCUUCAGCGCGCAGGCGGAGGCAGAGCGAGGCGAGCGCUGCGAGGCCUGUCCGGACAAACGCUACGCCAUGGUGCUGUUCCGCAUCACCAGCGUCUUCUACGUGCUGUGGAUGCCCUACAUCCUCUACUUCCUCCUUGAGAGUGCCGGCCUGUACCACCACAAUGUGGCGUCCUUCCUCACCACCUGGUUGGCGAUUAGCAACAGCUUCUGCAACUGUCUCAUCUACAGCCUCUCCAACAGCGUCUUCCGGAAAGGGCUUGGACGCCUCUUCAGCCCGUGGUUUCCUUCCUGCCUCGUCUGCACCGACGCCAAAAAGGCUCCCGCUCCCGUCGGCGCUCGCCCAGACCCUCUGUGCCAAGUAUGAGCCCUGGAGCUGCUCUGCUCCCAUUGGAAGCACCUAUCCUCUGUGUGCUUUGCCCUGAGCUGCAUAGCUGGACACAGGGGUUUUCGGUCCUGCAGUGAAAUACGUUAGGACCUGAUGCAUGGAGCACAGCCAGCUGCCCGUCAGAGACCCGUCGGUCAAAGCGAGGGCGGCCCCAUGGAGCGCGGCUGAAAUGGUUCUGUGCGUAAUGCUGCACUUUCUUCUGCGAGGACCACAAGAUGACGCCGAUUGAAGAAGUGGACUGUAGGAAGAUGAAUGUGUGUGAGUUCAGAGGGUUUAAUAACAAACUCCCAGAUGCAAAAAUAAAAGGAGAAGCCAGCACGACUUGUGCUGCGUGAGCCCUUGAAAUGCAAAAAGUGUUUUCAAUCAUUUCCAAGACUGAAAAUUCUGCAAAUCAUCUUGGGACUUUCAGGGUAGAUUUGGGUGAUGCAAAAAAACAAGUUACACUUGAAACAAACGUAUGGCCUGUCUCCUUAGGGAGCUGCAGAUUCAAAUGUGUAAGAGAGUGUGUGCAGUCGAGUUGUGAAUGUUAAUGAAUUAAAUGUGCUUGUGUCCCACAGAGAAGACGUUUUGUUUAUUGAGGAGCUCGUGUGUUUUAUCAAAAGGAUUUGUGUGUUAGUCAAAAGCUGUAGAAUGUUUACACAUUCUCUGGUUUCACAUCAGAACGUUGGUUUAAGAAUUAGCUUCACUUUCUGAAAAGACCACUGACUCGAGGCGUUGUCAGAACAGACGGGGCGAAUCCUUAUGGAGACUCAAUAAACGGUCGUUAUUUGGAGACUUUCAUUCUCUGGUUACGUUUCCUCCUCAGGUUUAUGAGCUGGUCAUUUUAAUGGCCUUUGCCUUUGUUCUUCAGACUCUUAAAUUGCAAACCUCAUAAAGUAACAAGAUCAUCACCAGAUGAGCUGUUGUACAGAUGCUGUCAGUGUUGAUAAUGAAUGUCCAGUGUGCCUCAGUGCAAACUUCUUUGUGAUGCGUGACGCUCGUCUCUCCGUUUGCCCUCCACCAGCUGACUGCUGCAAAGACCAGCGCAAAGUGGAAAAGCCGAGCGAUCGUCACGCUUCAGUGUGAUAGGAGCACUUUACUGGAAGGGUUUGUGGCUUUUUGGUUUCAUGUAAACACCCGACAGAGUUAAAUAUUUGAAGAGCAGAUAACUGGGCCCUUUGGGAGCUUGGCUGGCAGCUCCGGAUCUGAAGCAGACGUCCAGAUGGUUCUGUGGACAGGUAUGAGAGGCAAUGUCACAGCCAGGAGAAAUGGCAUGUUGCACUUGACUGAACUUUUUUUAAUGGUGCUGAAAAGAAAUAAGUGUUUUUAUAACCGGGUUGGCAAUGUUCUAACUGAGGAUGUAGAACUUGGUUUAAAUGUUCUAAUGAAACGACAUUUCUGAGAGCGUCUUGCUCCUGAAUUUUAUAAACUUUUUUGUAAACUGAGAGAUGGUGAUGUUGAGAAACUUGGGAAUGGGACGAGAUGAUGGGUCAGGAAAUGACAAAAAAAACUAUCUGGUUCCGGUAGGAAAUCUUCUCUGGAUCAGAGAUGGUUUUCCCACAAGCAUUUAAUAAUUUACGUAAUAUGUGAAGGAAAAUAUUCAAUAAACACAGUAUUUGAAGGUUUUGGGUCUUUCAUUGGCCAAAGUGAUUGACUUUUUGUCAUACGUGUCAUACGUUGUUUUGUGAUACUUAUUACUUAUGUCAUAACAGUCAUCAGCCUCCAGUGAGCAGUGGCUGUGCUCACACAUUAUUCUACCAUGCGUUUGUUGUAGUAACGUAGCGGAUUUAUUGGUUGAUCACAUUAGUAAAGGUGAACCUGCUGCCUCAUGAACUGCACAGCCAGCUGCAGUGGAGCCAGAGAGCGCUGUGGUUAGCUGGUCCUUCGCUGGCAGACACCCUACUGUUGUCAUUAGACUGACCUGGGCUUGAUGCAGCACACAGUCUCCUCUGGGUAGGACAAAGGGAGGAGAGCGCUCUGGAUUGGGCUUCAGUCAACCUACUGGACCUGAUUAGCCUAGCGACGCGGCAGCCGAUUUCUGACUAGUGGAGUUUAAUGGUGUUUGGUGCUGUGUAAUCGCUCUGCCUCUGGUGAAGGUGGUAGAGCUCAGCUCAUCCACAUCUUCGGUUCCCAACGAGUCCAACACUCUGCUUUUUCGGAACACUCGCACACAGUCAUAGUUUAUUGUCGUAUUUAUGUUCACUCUGUGUUUAAUAUGGUUUAGACCCAGUUUGCGUCAUCUAAGUGUUUAUGUCUGCAGUGCUCAGUAAGUUCAGUGUAAGUUACAUUGAGGUAAAUGAAUCAAGUAUUUGAUUGGACUUGUUUCUAGAGCUGCAGACUUCAGGGUUUAGGGGUAGGAGUCGUCUAGAGACACCAGCUGCUGUCAGGUGACCCUGCUGCCCUCUUUGUGUUCCAUCCAUGUAGAGUCCUAUGUUUAUACACCAUGGUCUCUAUGAUGUUGUUUCCUGUCCAGCACUGACCUGUUUGAUCCCUGCUUCAUUUGUCAUUGGCAGUGCUUCACACCUCUGCAUGAUGCCUCUGUCUCAUGAUGCCACUGGUCUCUGUAUCCUGGCCUUGUGUAACAGUGACUUUUUCUGUAAAGUGCAUGUCAUGCUGUGACAGUUCAAAAUUGGAAACACUAAUGAUCUGCCUGUGGGCUUCCACCACCACUGUUGUGUCAGCACACGCCAUAUUGAACUUCCUGUAUAUAAGCAGCUUGUUAAAUGGAGGCUUAUUUGCAGGUUUGUAUUUUUUCCUUGUUGGUACAAUUCAGCUCUCAAACCACAACAGGUUAAUGAGAGGAAUGAAAUCAGAAUCACUGACUCUCAGCUCAGGUCUGUCAUUCAGCAUGUGAUCAGAACAGAUGCUUUGUGUAGCCCUCUGAUUAAAAUGAGAUGUUCAACAUCGUUUCUGUUCAUCGUUUCUGUAAAGACUGGAGCUUUCUGGACCCAGUUCCUUUUACCUCAUUGCAGUUUUUCUGCACCAGCAUCAAAAAAGAAUCAUUCAGUUAGACUUCCGUCAAUUUACCUUUUCAAACAAAUCAUUGCUGGAAGCCAUCUUGUUUAACAAAUGUCAUAAAUGAAUCUGUUCAUAUUGUAGAUGGAGUCCUCUGUUUAGGACUUUUGGGAUGUGUUUUUCUGUAUUACAACAAAUACUCCUUGCAACUUUCUGAUUAAUUUGUUGAGUCUUUGGAUGCUUUGUUCCUUAUACGAUGACAGCAAACACACAAGAUGUGCCGAUGUGCUUUAAAUAAAAAUGUGUGGCUGAGCA